AUGACGUCAUUCGGCAUGAGCUUGUCACAAAUCCUUCCUGUGUCUAAUCUUUCAACAUUGGUCCUUCACGUCGCCAGUAUAACUGUUGCAGUAUUCAGCUUCCCCUACAAACGUAGCAGCAGCUCAACGCUGCAGCCAGCAAUGGAGCCCGCCGCUGCCGGAGCGCUAUAUGCUGCAGAAAACUUACUUGAAGGCGCUGCCGCCCUGAUCAAAGGAAUCACCCAUCCGACCCUUCCGAUCAAGGCAAACCUCACGCGCAUAACGUCCGCCCCCGUACCUCGAGCCCACCACACCGUGUCAGUUCUCAAAGGCCGCGCUUAUAUAUUUGGAGGAGAGAUUGAACCAGGAAAGCUCGCGGACAAUGGCAUGCAUGUUGUCAUACUGCCUUCAAGCGGCGUCCUCGAAGCCGACUAUACCACGUUUCCGGCACGAGCCGCGAACGGGUUAGACGACGUCCCGAGCUCACGGAAAGGACAUACAUCUACGGUCAUUGGAGACAGCAUAUACAUCUUUGGAGGAGAGGGAGGCAAUGUUUCGGAAGAGAAGGGCAGGGUAUGGGCAUACCAUACCGUGCAGAACACAUGGACCUACCUGGAUCCCACGUCUGACACGCUGUAUCCUAGCCAGCGGACUGGUCAUGCAGCGGCGAGCUCAGAUUUUCCAGGCCCGAAGACUGUGACUUAUCAAGAGAAAGCACCGCAAGCACCUGUGGAUCCUUCCAAAUUCGUUCCCGAGCCAGCCGAGUCAGACUCAUGGGGUACAAUAUUUGUGGUGGGAGGACGAAAUGUCACGACUGGACAGCUAUCGAAUGAUGCUUUGGCUUUUGAUGUUAAGACGCGAACUUGGACCAACAUCCCCACCCCGUCUGGGCAGCCACGAGAUGGCGCAAGCUUGGCGCUUGUUGGCGAUCGCCUGUACCGCUUUGGUGGAAAGGGCGUUGAGACGUUCAGCUCGGGCGCAACGGAGUUGCUCGAUGCAUCGCAUGUAUGGAAGCACGCUGAGGGUGGCACUACUCCACUGACGAGCGGCUGGAGCUGGGAAGAGCUUCCGCAUACCGAGAAAGCGGCUACCACAGCUGCUGCUCCCCAAGCACGCUCGAAUUCUGGUCUUGUUGGUGUGACAACCGGUCAAGGACGGCGUUAUCUUCUGGCCAUUGGCGGCGAGAGCGAAAACUCUGGCUUCUUGGACGAUAUUUGGGCACUUCAGCUGCCACCCGAGAGCUCCACCGCCGCUUCAACGAAGGACAGUAUACGAGCGACAAUGAAGCGCGAUACACAUGAGUCGCAAUGGGCCGAGGUCCUGUAUAAGCACGUCGAUACCAGGGGUGAAGAAGAGAAGGAGGUCCCUGGCGAGCCGAAGAGAGGAUUGGGUGCAAGAGGUCAUUUCGCGGUCGCAAAGGGCACCGAAGUCGAUGGAGCAACUGCUGUUGUCUGGGGUGGUGAGGAUGCAAACGGUCAGAUAUUGAGCGAUGGCUGGAUGAUUACAGUGGACCGAUGAUGGCAUAGUCUAGGUGAACGAUGCACGAGCUCUAAAGUUUCCAAUCUACCAUAGCACGAUUUGAUGGUCUUAUAGUUUAUAGCUGCACAGAUCGUGUACGAGAAUGUGUCUAUGUGAAUGAACUCUUGUAUAGAUCAUCGUAUCUGUCUUAGCGUCACAAUACAACUCAAGCCUCACUCA